GUAGUUCCUGUGUUUGUUUUAUUGACAGACCUUUUUUAGAUUGCUCGGAAGAAAGAUUCGGGCCGUGAUUUCAACCUUAUAUUUGUUCACUUGUGAAGAAUUUGGUGGCUUGCUUAUAUCUAGUUGACUAUCUUCAGAAAACUCAAUUUGUGGAUUUGAGGCUUUUGAUCUAUAUUGGCAAUGGAGCAUCUACCUGUUGAAGUCAUUGGAAACAUUUUAUCUCGGCUUGGAGGUGCCCGAGAUGUGGUGAUAGCCUCUGCAACAUGUCAAAAAUGGCGAGACACAUGUCGGAAACACCUUCACACCCUAGAAUUUAAUUCUGGUGAUUGGCCUGUUUAUCGUGAUAUUACACCUAGACGAUUAGAGAUCCUGAUUACUCAAACAAUAUUCCAAACUACCGGAUUGCAAGGCCUAUCAAUUUUGAUGGAUGAUGUUGAUGAGUUCUCAGCUUCAAUUGUUAUUGCUUGGCUCAUGUAUACUAGGGAAACCUUGCGUCGGUUGUCUUAUAAUGUCCGGACCAGCCCAAAUGUUAACAUUCUUGAAAUUUGUGGGAGGCAGAAGCUGGAAAAGCUGGUACUAGCCCACAAUUCUAUAACAGGGGUUGAACCUAAUUUUCAGAGAUUCCCUUGUUUGAAGUCCCUCUCUUUGAGUCAUGUUAGUAUUUCAGCUUUGGAUUUGAGCCUUUUGCUCACUGCAUGUCCAAAGCUUGAGAGCUUGGAACUUGUCAAUCCAGAGAUAGCAAUGUCAGAUGCACAGGUGACAGUGGAACUGAGCAGCCCAACAUUGAAGAGUAUUUAUGUUGAAGAAAUUAGUUUGGAUAAAUUUAUGCUGGAGGCUGAUAGUAUUGAGCGUUUGCACUUGAGGGAUUGUGCCCUUGAACUUUUUGAACUGAUUGGGAAAGGUACUUUGAAACAUUUCAAGAUUGAUGAUGUUAGUGUGAUACAUCUUGACAUUGGUGAGACUGUUGAUAAUCUUGAGAUUGUUGAUGUCAGCAACUUCACAAUCAUCUGGCCAAAAUUCUACCAGAUGAUUUCAAGAUCCUCGAAAUUGAGGAAGCUUCGGCUUUGGGACGUGGCCUUUGAUGAUGAAGAUGAGGUUGUGGAUUUGGAAACAAUUGCUUUUUGUUUUCCUCAGCUGAACCAUCUUUCAUUAAGUUAUGAAUUGAGAGAUGGUGUCAUGCACUAUGGUGUCCAAGGAUUUUCUAAUUUGGAGAAUGUGAGGGUACUGGAGCUUGGAUGGACAGUAAUUAAUGAUCACUUCUCAUAUUGGGUUGAGGAGCUGCUAAAACGAUGCCCAAAUCUUAAAAAAAUGAUUAUUUUUGGGGUUGUUUCAGAAGCCAAAUCACGUGAAGAAUGCCAGAUAUUGGCCAGUUUCACCUCAUCCAUUGUUCAGCUUAUGAGGAAAUAUAUGCAUGUAGAGGUGGAGUUUGAAUAUGAGUAAAAUUCUCUCAAUUGCAUUGUUAAAUUCAAGUUUUGGUUGAGUUAUAAAUUAUAUGAGCAGAUAUGCAGGUAAGAUUUACAAAAUGUAAAUCCUGAACAUCCUUUAUUUUUGCAUCUUCUAAAUGAUUGCUGGUAUUUCUUCAGUUUGAUUGGAAAAAUAUAUGCAAUCAAAAGAAUACUGUUGUUUUUUCACUAAAUUGUCAGUUUUCUCCAUUGCUAUUAUUGACCUAUUUGUUUUAUUCCAACAUUGAAGAUUCUCCCUCUGUAAUUUGCACUGCUGUCA